UAUUCGUGUAAUUACUAAUUUUUAGUAAAAGUAUAUCUGUAAAUGUUUGGCCAUUUAUUUGUAAAUAAAUUGUUAUUUAAUAUGUUAUACCUUUUUCAUAAUUACAUAUUUAUUGAACCGUUGGUUUCGAUAUUAUAGUCUUGCCAGCAACAAUGCAAUUAUUUGCAACAUUAGUUAUAAUAUACAUAUAAUGAAUUUAACAUGAGUUGGUUUGUACGAAGUAAAGGAUUUGAGAAAAUUGACGACUUUGAUUUGUCAGCAUGUUUUGACAGCUUUAAUAAACAUUGGCAACAAACUUUUGAAAUAAUCGAUAGAAUUCAAACUACCAAAGGAGUUAUUAAAUAUGAUGAUAUUUCUGCCGUUAUAAACCACUUGAACCAGUUGAUAAAACUUCUACUGCUCGAUGUGCAGUCGGCAAAGUCGACCAGUCAAUCGCCAUGUUUAGAAUACUUCUUGAAGAAUCAACUAAUGGGCAAAUUAUAUUCAUGGAGUAUAAAAACUGAAAGGUACAAAAACUAUUUGAAAUCUGAACAACUUAAAAUCUACGGGAUUUUAUUGGCAGAAUUCAGAGGUCAUUGUGUGCUCUCCGAUGAUUCCAUAUUAAAUCCCUUAUUACUAAUAUUGAAUUCUUAUGACGGAGAUUCCUUAUCAGUGGCCAAUGAAAAACAUUUGGUAACAGUCUUGAGGCAGUUCUGUGUUGUACUUUCACAUCACCCGAAUAUAUUAAACAACGUCUUAAAAAAAAAUAUCAACAAAAACUCAAAAUGUAUAAUUCUCUCAUUGCUGAUGUCAUUUAUUCAUCGUGACGGUUCGAUUGGCGAAGAAGCUCGUGAUGCGUUGUUGAUUUUUGUGUCGUUAUCCCGCAACAAUGAGACACUGGCUAAUAAUAUUACAUCCAAAUCAAAUGUUAGCCCAGUGUUGGCAACAGGCUUGAGUGCAUUGUAUUCAGUGCUACCGCGAAAAUUGGAUUUUGAAAACGAUUGUUAUAAAUUAAGUCCAGAAAACAUAGAAGAUGUUCCCGAACUCCGUAACUUUUUAGCCUCGGUGGAAUUGUGUAACGCUGUUGCCAAAAUAUGUCACCAAACUGUACAAGAGCAAUUCUUGGAUUAUUUAUAUCAUGGUUUUCUACUUCCUGUUGUUGGUCCAGCAUUGAUGCAGGACUUUGAAAAUAGUUGCAGUAUCAAUACUCAUUUGCUUCGGGUGGCUGAAGAAGAAGUAGCUACAGCAACUGUGUAUUUAGAUCUACUACUGCGGAGUGUUACACAUCCUGGACUAUUACAAACAUUUGUCAAGUUUGUUCUUUGCGAACGAUUUGAGAAAAUAAAAAUAAUUGAACUACUUAUAAAUCGAAUUAAUAACAAAUCUCCAAAGAUAUGUAUUGCUACUCUUGCAUUGAUGGAAACAAUUUUGGAUUUAAACUGUGAAGAUGUAAUGUUGGAAUUGGUAUUGAAAUAUUUAGUACCAUGUUUGCACAUUAUGCUUAGUCAGCGAUCUCGAAUAAGACAGAUGGACGCCUACUGUAAAUCAGCUGAUAUAUUUUUGUCGUUAAUACCAGAUUUGUUCAAGUAUAAAAAUGUAAGUUCUGAAAUUCUAUUUUCUGAAUAUCGCUCAUAUUUGAACUGCGCUCGCAUAAGGAUAGCCGAGUGCGCUCGAGAAACAAGCAACUGGACUUAUUUGUAUGACGGAGAAAAUCCAUCCCAUACAAUAGUUGAAAUCAAAACGACCGAUAUAGAAAAUGACCAGAACAGUAUUUUAUCAGCCGAUGACAGUUCAAGUGGUUAUGAAAGCUUCAAAGCUUUAAAAGACAUUGAAAAGAUGUUGAGUACGGACGACUGUAGACCAACAGACGAAAUGUUAUCGAAUACUUCUUCACCGUGCGGAAGUGACUCACCUACCUUUUUCUUACGGCAGUCUAUGUAUAAAACCAAAGAGCCAUACUCUCAAUACCCAUAUUUAGGUCCUUUUAUUGAAGCAUUGUUUUCAAAAUUGGAAAACAUGCCCGAACAGGACUUCAGAAUAAAUUUACGUUUAACGUCAGUUUUGACCCGUUUAGCGAUAUACAACAAACCGCUGAUACAGUCAUUGUUACUUAACCAUUCUAUGAUUUUCCAACCAUGCAUACGUUCUUUGUUUCAAAUACUAAGAUCGUUGAAACAAAACAUUGAAAACAAGCUAAAUGGUAAAACCGAGAAAAUGAAGGAGGCUGAAUUAUUUUUAGAAGAACGAGAAAACAAGCUUUGUACGAAUACCCAAAACAGUCGGUCAAAUAUCAGCAAAAACGUUCAGUCAUUCGCUCGUGGCGAGACAAAACGUCGUAGUAUUUCUGUUGCAUUCGGGGCGAUGUUUCGAAAAAAUUCUACUCAAAAAGAAGCCGUCCUUGAAUCGACUAGCAACGGAGGAUAUAGGUAUUAUAAAGAAAAUGACUCUGAAUCGCUAGACUUGCCGAUCAAUGCGAUAAUUCUUACUGAAUGGCUGAAAGAGUUAUCUGCCAUUUGCCAAGAACACGCAAUUAGCGUAUAGAUUUAAAUUUUAGAUAAAUUUAAUGUUGUUUUUAUAUUUUAUAAAGUGAACUCGAUUGUUUUUUUUUUUCGUAACUUGCCGCCUAACUAUAUUUUUUUUUGGCAAAUAUUUUUGCUCAAAGUUAUUGUUUUUAUUGAUCUGUGAAUUAUUUUUUAGAUCUAAAUUGUAUUAUAAUGUUUUCACGGAUUUUUUUGAUUACUGUUAACUUUUUGUUAUGUUGUUUACCUUAAAAAAAAAAAUAUUGGUGAACGAUAACAAACAAAAAUCAAAUUCCGUCCAUUUGCUAAAAUAACAAAUUUGUUUUUAUGCUCCUAAGAUAUUAUGCUUUGUUGUUAUAUUAAUGCCACACACCAACUUGUUGAUACUGCUAACUUUAUUUAUUUGUAGUUGUACUUAACUAAUAUUGCUCUUCCGUUUGAUAAUAUUAUAUCAUAAUAUGUUCCUCCUUGUAUGUGUUACCAACAAUUAGUGUAUUUGGUUCAUAGCAUGUAGUAUGUUAAUAAGUAAUAACUUAAAUAAUAUUAUUUUGUUUAAUUGAAAAAUUUAAAGAUUGUUAUAACAAUUUUUAUAAUUUUAUAUUGAUGAAACGUUUUUUAUAAAAAUGUACACAUUUAUUAUGGUUUCACCUACGCAAUGUGACUGUCACAAAUAAUUGUUAUUAAAUAUAAAAUAAGUACUAACGUAAUAUAAUACAAAACCAUAUAUAUAACUGUUGGUUUUAUUAUAAAUAAAAAUAACUAAUAUGUUAAAAAUUGUUAACUAGUUUAAUAGAUAGUCGGGCAUAGUAUUUUUUU